CAUGAACAACGAUGACAACAAAUGACAAGUCUUGAAACCUCAAAAGCUAAACUUAUUUUUUAUUUAAUUUAGGUAUUUAUCCAAUUAAAUAAUCUAUGUAAAAUCGUAGCUUUUGAUACAUUAUAGAUAAUCAGUAAUUCAUAUUUAUUAGCAUUCCUUAAAAAUGUCUGCUAAACGUGCAGCGGGAUUGGUUAUAUUUAGGUGUGUAAAUCAAGCGAUAGAAUUUCUGAUGUUACAAACUUCUUAUGGAGAACACCACUGGACUCCACCUAAGGGUCAUGUUGAUCCUGGAGAAUCAGACUGGGUAACAGCUUUAAGAGAGACUAAAGAAGAAGCUGGUUUGUCUGAAGAGGAUUUAGAAGUUUACAAAGAUGUGUCAAAAGUAUUAAAUUACAAUGUUAACAAUAAACCUAAAGUGGUUGUAUACUGGCUGGCAAAGUUGAAGAAUCCAGAUACAAAAGUUCAGUUGUCAGAUGAACAUCAAGAUUUAAAAUGGCUGCCAUUAAAGGAAGCACAGGAUAUAUCUGGUUAUGACGAUAUGAAAGAGUUGUUAUUAGAAUUCAAUGAGAAAGCUAAAAAAUUGUCUUGUUAAGCUAAUUUUAAUGUAGGUACUUUGG